UCUUGGUAGAGAGGUGGCCUGGAAAUAGAAUUUGUUUGAUAUGGUACCACAAAUGUAUAUAUUCCAGCAAAUAUGCAUGUCUACCCCUUGAGAGGUUUUUGGCAGGCGUUCCAGGGGGAAGGGAAACUUAAGGGGAUUUUGGGCACAAGGCUAGGUUUUUUCCUGAAGAAUUUUUUUCCCUGGAAAUUAAACAGACCCUUUGUGGGAGUGAAAACAUUGUUUGAAACCACAUAAUAGUCAAAACACAUAGCAAUAUUGAUUAUAAGGUAAUUACCUAAGACUGUAAUGCUCCAUUGAUAGCUCUCAAACAUUGUUGGCUUGUAUUUUUUACUUGAAGGAAGUGGUUGGGUCAAAAUCAAGCCUGAAUAUGUCGACAGCUUAAGUGACGAGGUAUUAAAACUUUUUAGUGGCAAUCGUAACCUUUAAAAUCAUGACAUCAUUUAUCUUUAGGUUUUGAGUCACCUAUGUUCUGCUUUUAGGGUGAAGUAAAAUGUUUAAAGCGUUCACCAAAAUGCGAAGGCAACUUCCUUGCUGAGUGGCCAAUAGCUUCCUUGUUUUUCAAUAGGUUCUUUGUAUUCUUUUAUUGAAUCACAGAAUUAUUUUGCAAUAGGAAGCGAUUAUAGAAUAAUUCAGCUUUCAUGGCAUUUCUCAAAAAGAUAUUAUCUUGGCUAUCUUGCAUGAUCCUUGUCUGUCAAUUUUAUCAAUGCAUUAAUGUGGGUACAUGGCCAAGCUGUGCUUGUAUUCUUAAACAAAACACUGUUGAUUAACCAUGCAGAUCAGGUUUUGGUGUGUUUCAUGCCUCCAAAUAAUGGAGACUGGCGCAAAAUGAAGAGUUGAGGAAAAACGUGGGAGAAAGAAAAAGGUAGAAGGGGGGGAUCUUUUGCCCUCUCCGCUACCCGCACUGCCUCGCUGUUUUUUUUUGUGCUCACUUCACUUUACCCAGUCGGCAUUUGAACGCCUGGAACAAGCUAAGGUUUUGGAAACUUUAGUUAGCGUCACUUCAUCCGUAGAACCUUAAAGAAUGAGGGGCCAGAAUCAAGAUUUGCAUUGCAUUAUGCCCUUGGCUUAUUCCUACAGUUGUAGCUUGCCUGUGUUUUAUACUAAAAGAUUAUUUGACUUCUUGACCAAGUCAAGUCAUGGGACAAUAACCAGAAAGUCUGUCAUUCUUGUUUCAGUCUCUAUUUACUUAUUUUUUAUGACGUUUAGGCCUUUUCUUAGUACUAAAGAAAGUUAUUUUAGGGGAUGUGCUCAUAUGUUCAGGUUAUUUUUAAGCCUUUGAACAGGGCCAAUAACUUGUAUCUAAAAACAAGAUAGAGUGCAUGUCAACUGACUUAAUAUGACUAACUGCAAUUUACUGUCAAAUACUUACUUGUAGCUGGACCUCGUAAUCAUUGGUGGUUAUUUUGGAGUUGGUGUAAGUAAGAGCAUUAUAUAAUUUACCUUUAAGUUAUUAGCUUCAUCGCUGUAAUGUCGUCACUGCACACUUAUGGGAUAAAUAAUAUAACAUGAAUAAUCUUCAUUUACCCGACUCUUUAUAUGACACAGUUUCAAUAUUUUUCCUUUUAAGUAGCAGACAUACGGGUAAAUACACUUUAGUUUAUGCCUUUCUUAAGUACAGGAUUUGUGAUCAUAUCUUCUCAUUUUUUCUGCUGGGUAUGUGAAGUUUAUACGUCCCAGCUGUGUACUGAUCGUGUGAAUGACAAUGUUUAUAGCGCCGCAGUGGUAUGAUAUCUCAUUUCAUGUGUGCUGUUGCCGUACCACCAGUUGUACCAGGAGAACAUCCUAAAGUGUUUCAUUCAUUUUGCAAGGUACAAUAUAUAUAUUUAGCCGAGGCUAAAGGCGAAGCUCCUCUUAAUGAAAAGGCAUUGCAAUAAAGAAAUCCAAUUAUAGUUAAGCCAGCGAUCAGUUGAAAACUAGAAACUUGUCAAUGGUAAACCCCCCAAAACAUGUAACCUCGAUGGGUCGAAACCUGGGCCCGCGAUUCGGUCAUGUGAUACUGAUCAGCGAAGACUUUGUUUUGAUAGCUGUCAAUUGACCACAACGUGGAUGUGCAUUAUCAGAUUGCAGGCUCCCACACUAGCUAGAAAGUGUAACAUUUCACGUUGGUUUCGCUGUGGUGCGAACGUGCGAGCGGGCGAGUGGACAUAAGGUCACGUGACUACCACAAUUUCUUGUAUGGAUAGGUAUCCAAAUUUUCUUAGCUAGGGGGCUCCGCCCGUUUGCGCUUCGCGUGGGUAUGGAGCUCCGCUAAUAAAGCGGCAUAAUAAAAACACUGUAAUACAGUGAUCAGGUCUUCUAUAGAUCCUACGUUCUGCGGCAUAUUCGUUUGCGGUCCUUUGCAGUUUAAAUGUCAUUAUAGUACAGGCCUGUGAAGGAACUAACGAUAGAGUUGAAGAUUAAGAGAUGUGCGAUACUCAAAACAGUCUUAAAAGCAAGAAAAAAAGGCUGAGAAAUUUGAAAUAGAUAUAACAGCUUUACAUUACUAACUGAACUGUGUAUCAUUUUUGUAUAAUUCAUGUUUGCCGAUCAUCUUUGCAGUAAACUCAGAUUAUUUUUCUUUGCUUCUCCGUACACAUUAUCUAUUCACUCCUAGGGAGGCCGUGCAAACUUUUGUCCAUCGAUACCUUUCUAAGACAGUGUUGUUAUUGUAUUGACAGGUGUUUGAAGUAACACAGGAGAAUAUGAUUUCUGUUUUUCCUAUCGUAGGUUGGAUCUGGGUAUACAAUGAAUGAGUUGCAUGAACUGGGCCAAAUGCUACACGCAAAUUGGAAACCGUUUGAUACUAAAAAUCCUCCUGAAUCUAUUGUUUUAGCUACUGGAUACAAAGUUAGUAAAUGUCCUUAUUCAGCACCUGACUUAGUUUUCUGAGUAUGCUUAUUGAAUCUGUGAUAGAAAUUGAUAUAUUGAAUUUUUUUAUGGGCCAUUACCAGUCCAUCUCAGAGCGUUUUAGAUGCAACAGCCCCCAACAGCCUUAUUUUCGUAGUGUUACCUGCCUAUGCUUUUUGAUAUACACACACCCAAGUCUCAUAAUUGUUUCUGUGGAAUAAUAGAUUCGGCUUAUGUUUGUUGCGUUACCGUCUGCAUUUUGCACUAAAACGUUUCGUUAAAAUGGGUAUCGGGAAGCAGGUUAAAAGGGCGCUAGAAAGUGAGAAUGAACAAACAGAGCUAAAUGAGGUUAUAGAAUGGAGGUAGUUUUAGCGCUAGGGUUCCCAUUUUUCGUCCGGCCUUCCUUUUUCCAUGCAUUCCCCGUUUUAAUAGCAUUCCACCUAAUUAAUGAUCUACAUACCACAGUUCACACCUCGCUUCGUUUUGAAACAGAGGCUGUUGGGGUAAGUGAGGGGGUGGGGGGGAUGGUGGGCAAGGGGAAAUUUUUUUUAUAAAGUUGAAGUGUGAUAAAUGAAUUGGUCUUUUUUCAAUAAGGAAAAACCAGAUGUUUGGAUUGAGCCGUCAAAGUCAAAGAUAGUCCAGGUCAAGGCAACAGAAAUUAUAAACUCCGACAAGUACGUUUUAUGCUUAAUGUGUCCCCAAAAAAACAUUUUUGUAGAAAAUAUCCGUAAGUAAAUUACCUGAUGGUCUUCAAUACCGACGUAUCAGCACCUUUAUUAAAUUCUUUUAAUUAAGUGUGGUAUUAUUCAUCCUAUCCAUUCGUUUUUUCGAUUCCCCGCAAUUCUAAAAGAACUUUGUUACUGGCCCACCUUAAGCUGUUACCUAUAUUGACGGGAAUGAGGUAAAAACAAACAGGAAACGAAGAAUCAUGGCGUAACAAGCUAACCAUAAAAACAUAAAUGGAACUCCCUCAUGUUUGAAAAAGGCCUUUUCCGGGCCAAAAUGUAGUCGGGAUUACAUGUAGUCUUCAAUCUGCCAAGCACACAACAUUAUUAUUUUUUGUCUUCAUGAAGGUUUAAGACUGGUGUAACACUUCGCUUUCCGAGGCUGGAAGCAAUUCGCACCGAUAAGAUGUGGUAUGAAUGUCUGAAUCUAACUGAACUUGCCAAGCUGAAAUCAGUGAGUUAAUUACGCUACUCUAGUACUAUGAAAAUGAUCCUAAAUUCCUUUACAUUGUACGUAUUUAUUUAGAACCACAGUUAUGAAAACAUACAAAAAUGGGGAGUUUCCUUCAUUUUAGCUGUACCGAAUUGUUACCAUUUGAUCCAUUCAUUACUUUAAUGCCUGUGAGUCUUACAACUUUGUUUUAAUAUGUAGAUAGCAGAGGGCAAACUGACAUACCAACAUACAAAUGCAGAGAAUAGAUCGGCUGAACCUGCUAAAAAAAGGCGAAGGGAGGCUACAAGAGUUGAUAAUGUGCGCACUGUGGCAGACCAUUUUAAACCAGCUGAUUUAUCCUCUGUCAAACAAGUAAGUUAUUUUGUAUUGUGCCUAUUGAUUGCCCUUUCACUUUGAAAUCAGUGUUAACACUGGAAGUAGUGAAUUAAGCACAAGUCACUGAGUUUAGCCAGUGAAGACAACUAGAAGAAAACGAAGUACGGCUGCUUUAAUUUAUUUUAGAUUGAUUUCCAGGAUAUCGAUUGAGACUUUUUUCAUUUUUUUCAAAUUAUCCAUGGCUUUACAAAAUAUUGUGUAAUAAUGAUAAUCAUGAUGAUGAUGAUGAUGAAAAAAAAUAAUAAUGAUCUUCGUUUUUCUCUGAUAAAAGUACAUAUCAAGUGUUGCGUGUGCUGUAUUAAACUAAGUAGUUAUUAAUACUAACUGAAAGCCCGAAAAAUACUAUUAAUAGCUAAUAGAUUAUAAUUGAAACUUGGUCUAUUGAUAAAUGAGUAAUGUAUGUUAUAUUCCUAUAUCAGGUCUCUCAAAUAUUUCAGGACAAGGAAUUGUGUAUCGUCAAUGGUCCCCCAUCUCAUUCUAAAUCCCUAUUAGAGAAAAAAGUUGCUGAGGUAUUUCUUGUUUCCUUGUUCUUUUCAGUGUACAAUUCGUGAAAAAGAUAAUAUAAUAAUAAUAAUAUUGAUAAUAAUAAUAAUAAUGCAUGCACACACACACAUGCACAC